CCAAUGUGCACACUUCUGCUUAUUAUAGCCAGAGAUACUCUUUGGUAGUUGCAUGUUUUCUUUGGCAAUAGCCACGUCUACAAUUUAUACAUUUUCUUUUGCCAUUUAGCGUGUAUAAAAAAUAAAAUAUAGUAAAUGUAUUAUAACUGGUGUUGAUAACGGUCUCAUAAAGAUAACGUCUCUGCCAUUUUUUUCGAAAUCUCAGGAGCCAGCGGGCGUCGCCGUCGCCAUGGCCGGCUUUCGAAUCCGGAGGUACCGGGACGAGGACGAUGAGGCGGUGAAGGAGAUCUUCACCAUGGGCAUGAUCGAGCACGUGCCCGCCUGCUUCGUGCACCUGCUCAAGCAGCCCCUGGUCCAGAUGGCGCUCAUGUGCACCUUCUGCGCCCUGCUGACCAGCUCCAAGUCCCUCCUCCUGCCCGUGCUGACCGUCACGCUGAUGCUGGCGGGGCUCCGGCAGAUGGCCAGCUACAUGUUCCGCAGCUACAUCGAGGCCUGCCUAAAGGAGGACCUGGCCUGCAUACGGGAGACCUACAUGGGGAAGGGGGACUCCUGCUUCUGGGUGGCGGAGAGCGAGGGCCAGGUGUUGGCCACUGUGGCCUGCCAGCCCUCCCCGACUCAGCCCGAGUGCCUGGAGCUCAAGCGCAUGUCCGUCCGGAGGACCCACCGGGGCUUGGGCAUGGGCAAGGCCCUCUGCCAGGCGUUGGCGGACCACACGCGGGAGAGGGGCUACCUGGCAGUUGUCCUGGGUACCUCUAUAAUUCAGACGGACGCUCAGAAACUGUACGAGCACUUGGGCUACACCAAGAUACGGGAGUUCACCUACCCGUCCCUAAUGGCCAAGCUCAGUAACUUCAGUAUCAUUGAGUACAGAUUAGAGUUGCAGGAGAGGAAAAUUGAAUGAAAGGAAUCUGGUAGAGCAGAAAAUGGUGUGAAUGGCUUCUGAUUAACCACAACUACCAAUGUCUUAUUUGGAAAGGGUGAUCUCAUUCUUUUGACAAGUGUGAUGCCGGUCAUUAAUGGCAGGGACAAAUUGUAUUGAUCUGAUCAGUUUGGCAAAAAAAAAAAAACGUAAGGUGAUAGCUCUCUCCUGGGAUAAAUAGCUACGAAAUUACUGGAUAUUAAUUUUAACCAUUUCUGAGUAAAAUAUUUUAAUUGAAUUGAAUACAUUUAGGAAUUUAAGAGGUUUUGUGUAUUAGCUUUGGAAAUUACAGAGCAAUUAAGUGAUUACUUUUAGUGAAAAUUAAUUAUUGGAGAUAUAUAAUAUCACUUUCCAACAUGCAACACAAUCCAGAAAGAGAUUAACGGAAAACUUAAUGGAAUGGCAUUUGGAGUGCAUACUCAUGUCACCAUUAAAAGCCUUAGCAGCCUUAGAACCUAGCACUGUAUACUCUUCCUGGUCCUUCCAAAGGCACAGUGAAGACUUUUUGACCCGCAUCAGUAGGUACCUUCUUCAAUUCAGUUCGAUUUUAUUUGUAUAGCACUUUUUUACAGAGAAAUGCCACAAAGACGCUUUACAGAGUAGCAAGGCAAGAGACAGACCACUACAAACGAGGGAUCACAAGAUCUCUGCAAAUUCAGUGGCCUAGAUGAAAACGUCAAGCACUGUCAGGCAUGCUAAGCAUUUCCAGGAAUGUCAGUUUGAGUUUUGACUCCCGGGCAAGCUGGAGUCAGUAAAAAAUCUGUUGCUUGUGUAAAACCUGUUGCGUUCUAUUUCCGGUACUGAUGUCAUUGGUACAUAUUGACCCCUUAUCGGAAACAAUGCUAAGUAUGCAUAACUGUACCAGUAACUUGUACGUUCGCAUGCAGAAAACAAUGUAACGAAUAUUAAAUCAUGGGAUAGCGUUUGUGGAAUUUGGUCCGCCGGAGAAGCGGAUUGGUCACGGCUGCGCUGGCUGGUGGACAGAGCACACGUACCUGGGUUGCGUUAGCUAAUCAGCCCAGGUGCUUAAAGGUGUGCUGCUCUCCACAGUUCGGGGCCAAGACUGGGAGCUCACACAGAGAGCGCGUUUAUGAUUUUAGUUUCGUUUUAUUUUGGAGUGUGGUUCAAGCAAAGAGGAAAGACCAAAUAAGUAAUCCUCAGCUGGGAUGCUGGAGGAGCUGGACCUGGCCGGGAAGGCGGGCCAGCUACGGGCGGCACACGGGAAAGUGGUCGCACCGUUUUACUUUCUUUUGUCUUUGUUAUUUUAGCUUGUUGUUUUAGUUUAUUGUUUUCACCCGGAACCCGUGAGGGGGACGUAUAAAGAGGGUCGUUUAUUUGGUUUCGGGUUUGUGUGGGUGCACUCUCUCUCUCUCUCUCUCUCUCUCCAUGCGGCAAUCAAUGGUGUUCCCCGGCUCUGCCUCAUCUCCCUACCAGGGGUGUCACGCUGGCAUGUGACAUUUCGGUGCCGAAACCCGGGAGGGAGCGGUCUCGGCGUAUGCCGAAUUAGCCUUUAGCUGAAUUCUCUGGUUGGAGGUGUGUGGCAUUCGGUCCGCCGGGGAGGCGGAUUGGUCGUUUUAUCCAAUAAGGGUUCGACCAGAAGGCAACAGGUUUUGCACGUGCAACAGAUUUUGUACUGACACAGGCACCUAUGUUAGAGCUGAUCAAGGAACAUUUUUCCCAAGGUCCAUAUCACAACGUCACUCAAUUGUCAAAACUAACACAAUAUCAUUGUAGGCCUACUUUUAAAAUGAGCCUACGCUCAUCACAUUGAGAGUUGGACACUGUAAAAGGAAAUGGUUAUGAAUUAUUUUUGUUGGCAAUUUCAAAUGCACUUAACCGUAUAAAUGUUUAACAUUUUGUUAAUGUUUACUGAAUAAAUGUUUAGUCACGCCUGGACAUAGUUAGAAAUGUUCUUGAUGGUAGAGUGAUUUGCUUUUCAUUAAUCACUAACUGCGACAGGCUCGAGGGCAUUUGUUGCGUAAGAACUGAGGUGAUUUAACCUGUUAAUUAUCAAGCCCGGGUAAAAAGGUUACCAACAUUCCAAACACAGGGUUCCCACUCGUCCUGGAAAACCUUGAAAACCUGAAAAUUUAUCGACUAGUUUUCCAGUCAUGGAAAACACCUGGAAAAUGAGAAAAUUUACAAAAUGUCCUGGAAAUAUUUGUGAGGUCCUGGAAAAUUGUAGACUAUGCUAUAUGUCAAGCUGUUAAACAGUAUAUUUAGAGCUGAGAUUGCAUAUUUUCCUGUAUUUUUUUAUUUCCUGUAUCUCAUUUUUAUUAGCUGCUGAGAUUACACGGCAGGACAAAGUUUUGAAUGGUUAUGGUACUUGCACAUUGCCCCCCCCCUCCCAUUCCACCACCGGCUUUGGGCUACCAUUGUCCAUGAUUUAUGUCUGUAAGUCUAAGUCAUGGAAAUUGCCCUUGAAAAGUCCUGGAAAAUGAUUUCCUAAAAUGAGUGGGAACCCUGCAAACGCAUUAAUAGUGUGAUGCACUAUAAUAUCAGAUGCCGACCUAAACCUGGUCAGAAAUCUACUCAUUUAACCACGUUUCAUCAUCCGUUGUCAGCUUAGAAACCUCUGAAUGUGACUGAUCUGUGCAUUAGAUUGAGGAUAAGAUUUGGUAUGAGUCCAUUUUAUAUGAAACGUGAAGGUUUUUGAAAUAUUCACUGUAAGAUAACUGGCACUUGGACAGGGCCUGAGGUCAUUAUAGGCAGGAUGUUGGGCAACCUGCAUAAUUUCUUCCACUUAAUCUGAGCUCUGACCAUGGAGAUACUCUCCUUUCAAAGACAAAUGCUCUUUAAUAUAUCUCUUAGCAGUAGAAUCACAUCUUAUAUGGAUUGUCUAGUUUUGUAUGCUCCUAUCUAUUGUAUCUAUGUACAAUAAAUUACAUUUUUUCUCCUUUCACUUUCACUCUUUUUUUGGUGAGCAUCAAAAUGAGGAAGUGACACUGAGUAUUUCCUGUGGAUAAUGCUUUCAUGUUGUGCCUUUGUCCAGUAAGUAUAUACGAGGUUGUACUUAGUGUUCAGUAGCUUUCACUGUCUGAGUGUUCAAAGCCAGAAAUCUUAACUUCUCUCAAAGAGUCAGUUAAUCAGAUCAUUUUAGCCAUGUCUGAUCAGUUAAUCAAAAUGUUUUGUCAGUAUCCAAUGUGUCUGUCAAUGUAAUGUAGAGUUACAUAUUACAUUGCAUAUUAUGAUGCUCGGUCUUAAUACUGUCUGUUAUUGCUGUCCUUGAAUGCACAUGGGAACAAAUGGAACCGAGUUGAACUUUAACAUUAUGCAGUAAAACAAAGUCAUUACGAGAGCCUUCUGUGUGGAGUUUCAUGGAUGUAGUGGUGCACUCUUUGUGUGUAUUAAUGGUUAAUACAGCAGGAGGAGUUAAGUCCCAAGUGGUCAUCAGCAUAUUUAAAACUUAUGAAUGUUGCAAAUUACAUUAUUGUGAGCCAGAAGACAAUGAGUAACUUGAGUAAUUUGGUCCAGUUUCUCAGACUAGCCCUCUCCCCCUUGGUACAUUUAGCUAUCAACAGCCAUACCAUAUGAGCAACGAGUGACCAUGACACAGGGGACAGCUUCUCUUUGUCAUUCUUCCAUUUGUCUCUCUGACUUUUUUUGCCCAAUGCCGUCCCUUUAUUUGUCAACCAGGAUGAAUGGCUCCUCCUUCUGUAUCGAUGAAUAUACUUCAUACAUACCAGUGGCAUUCAUGUGUUUGAAAUAAUUUGCUGUGAUGCAUAUUUGAUGGCUUGAACAUAUAACUUGAAUUGUUACUGAUUGCAGUCAUACAUGUGUACAUUGAUUAAUUAAUGAUUAAUGUCUUUUCCAUGGUUUUCCCCUUGUAAAUCCCAAAUAAAGCUUUGAGAAACCGUU